AUGUCAACCCUCUUCGUCGCAUCAACCCUUUGCCUGGCCCCAGCCGUGUACGGCUAUGGGGUGGCCGAAGUGACGGCAAGAGCCCACGCAGACUGUCAUCCCGAAGACCCUCCGAAUGAUCGGCUCAUUGGAGACCCACAGGAUGCGGUGGCCACCGAGGACACGUGCGAGAAGAUUGAGGUCAAGCAUGGCUUUGACAUUGAUGCGUACUCGGUGAGCAUGGUCGAUAUCACCAAGGAUACGUCGGAUCGAUGCCAUGCUCUUGGGAUUUACGCCAAUGAGGAGUGCAUGGGGCUGCCCAAUGCGCUGAUUCCCUUCUUCCCUGGAGAUACGCAGGGCGAGACUCGUUGCUUCAAGGAUACGCCUUUUGACAAGUACCUGUACGUUCGGCUGCUGUGUGAUGCCGACGACAAGGAUAAGGAUGGCAAGGAUGGCAAGGAUGGAUCCCCGGAUCAGCCCGAGUCUGAGGCUGAUAAAUCUGAAGCACCAGAAGCACCAGCUGAUGCAUCUGCUGAUACGCCUGCUGAUGCUCCUGCUGCUCCCAGCAGUGGAGGUCUUCUCAGUAGUCUUGGUCUCUGGUAGGAAUGGGUGGUAUGAACCAAAUGAGC